CCCAUACAUAAAAAUAAAAAUAUUUAAAUAUAUGUAUAUAAUAUAUAUAUUUAAUGCGAUAUCUGGCGCUAUACGCGCGUAAAAAGUGGCAAACGGACGCCUCUCCUCCACGCUGGCUAAAUCGACUUAAACGAGCUACGAGAACGCGACACAUCAACAACUAAGUAACAAGUAAUAAAUAAACUAAACGAAAAGCAAAAAGAAACAAAUCAACAAAAGCUGAACAAGAAGAGCAAGAAAAACUUAAACGAACGCAAAUUGAUUUUUGCUGCAAACAAAUACACAAAUAUAUAAGUCGAUAAAUACGUGUCAUAAAUCAUCACGAAUAAUUUGUGCUAAAUCCGUUUCAAAACUUAAAAUGUCAACCAUAAAUUCAAGCAGAGGAUUUCAUUUAACACAAUUGCAGCUGCUCUAAACGUUAUUGCCAGUAUGCAACGCUCUAAAUGACAACACGAUCCCAAAAAGUUCGAACUCGUUUUGUGAUAAACCCAAGUUGAAUCAAUUUACUGAGACUUUGAGACAGAACAAAACACAACAUUAUAAAAGACAAAUUGACGACACACUGCACUAACUAGAAGAAGAAGAAGAAGAAGCAGGACAACAAUAAAAAGCAAAUAACACAAAAAGACAAGUCCGACCCUCUCGAACCGCUAGUAGUUAACCACGUUUAGUUAAGCGCUUUAUCAACUUUGUUAGCCUUAUAGUGUUAAGGACUUAGCCCGAGUGCGCUCUGAUCAGAUUCAUAGCGUGUUGCCAUCAUGUCACAUGGCGACAUUGAGGAAUGUACGUAAUAUAUCCCGCCGAUGAGCUCAUCUUAAUGACCUAUGGUUUCUAUGCACCACGUGUGAAACCGCGUCCCACACUCGACUGCCUGCGCGAACCGCUCAUACCCAUCGAGGUCCCAGCGAGAUCAGCGAGACCCGUCGGCAUCUUAGCCAACAGUGCAGCCAACGCCAGUUCCAGCUUCAGCCAUCACAACUUUAUUGGCGCCGCCGCCACCAGCUACACAAACGACUCGACGCGACCCACCGAGUGGUUAGCGGCCGCCGUACAAGCGCCCAAUCCGACACGCAUUCCCACAGCACCGCCCAACUCGCCGCACCGCCAGCCACCUAGUGUUAACUUUUUUAGCUUUGAGCAGGAGACGCCGUUGCAGCAGCAGCCAGACCCGAACCCGGAGCCGGAGCCGCAGCCAGAGCCGCCAAUAUUGCCAAUUGGUGUGCAAUCAACGCAGACACAGAGCCUGCCGCCGACGCCGACGCGACGCACCUCACGCGCCUCGCUAACCCACUCGAAUCACAAUUCCGGUGGUGGCAGCAAACGCUCGAGCGUGCGCAGCAAUCGUUCACAGGCGCCGUUGACGCCGCUGCUGCCACAUCAGCGACCGCUGAGCACGUCCAUGUAUAAUGACGCCAGCAUGCAAGGAGGCGGCAAUCCCAGUGCAGCUGGACGUGCACCAUUCCAACGCAGCAGCGCCUACGACGAGGACUCACGUCUGAUUGACUAUGGAGCUGCAGGCGCUGCGGCGGGCGGCGCAGUCGGAGCGACUGGCGCCCUGGUCGAUGCCCGUUCGCGCAGUCCCAGCAUCUUCCUGGAGCCACCCUCACCAGAUCCCACGCACGCACACUUUGGCCCCGGCUGGGGUCGACCCAUGUCGCCCAUGGACCUGCCACCAGAGUGCUCCAGCAGCAGCCUGGCCAGCAAAUCUCCGACCAGCAGCAAAUCUCGUUUGCGGCCCAAGCUCCAUAUACCAUUGGGUCGACUUGGUCGCUCCACUUCCUCGGAUACGCGCGAGAGCAAUCGCCUGCGCGAAGAUGUUCAUGUGCAUGUCGAGAAUCCGGUCUUUAGCAGCGAGAAUCUGCGCCAGAACAACUUCGAUGCAUUCUUCGAGGCACGCGAGCCGGUCAUCAAGCUGCAGCCGCGCAGCCCGAACGCAGCGUCGCCGGACGGACGCGGCUACUCGCCCCCCCUGGAGAGGUAUGCGGGUGUCUAUGACUCACCGCGUACGCGCACUCCGGCUGGCGGUGCGGCCGGCGGGGGCGGGGGUCUGUUUGCGCGCUCACCGCAGGAGGAUCGGGAGCGUGCGCUCAAUGCGCGCUCCCGCAGCGCAGACAAUUGGGAUGAGGCGGCUGGCGGUGCGGUGGGCGGGGCGACCGGCGGGGCCGGCAGCAGCAGUGCCGGUGCUGGUGGUCGGGCUGGUGGCGGCGCGCACUCCAAAGAUUCUUUGGGAAAAUCUUCAAGUGGUCGAAAAAAUCGUAGUUUCUUCGGGUGGAGGGGACCACGCGGUGGUUCCCUUAGCCCACAGGGCAGCAUGGCGUCCUAUAAUGGCAUACUCAAGGACUACAGUCACAGCAGCUUGAAUGAGGCUUUCAAAUCCCAGAACAAUGUCAACUUUAAGUUAAUUAAAACAGUAUCCGAUUUCAACGAAUCACUCUCCCAAUUGUAUGAGGAACAUGCAACUGCCCUUCAGACUCUAGUGUCCAAUUAUCGCAAGAAGAAUGCCGAGCUGCGCAAGGAGAGACCCGCCUGCCAUCUGGCCAUCUUUCAGGCAUGGGAAACAUUCCUGCAGGAAACGGAAACCGACUCGCAGGCCUGCAACGAUGUUGCCAGCGUCCUCAGCCGCCAGGUAUCUCGGCCCAUGCUGGAUAAAUCCUUUCAUCGCAAAGUUCAAAGUCGCAAAAUCUUUACGCACAGGGAGUCUUUUGAGACUAUAAUCGCCAAGACUGAAGAAAAGCUGUCAAAGUGUCGCCUGGACUACAAGCAAUGCCAUCUGGCACAUAGGCAAAACCCCAGCCAGCACUCGCUGACCGAAUAUAUCGAUGCGCACAAUGCGUACGUGCAGCAGUUGCAUGCCACCAAUGGCAUGCUGGAGGCCUACCAUUGCGACACAUUGCCCCAAUUGAUGCAGGAGCUGGAGGAGAUACACAACGACCUAUGCAACAUUGUUUCCGAUUCGUUGCAACAGGGCGCCGAUGUAAUUGCCGCCAAGGCCACGGACCAGUCGCGGCGCUACGGCUGCUUGGCCAGCCAGUGCAGCGCCGUCCAGCCACAGCAGGAUCUGCUGAACUUUGUCCGUCUGCUGGCGCAGCCAUCGCAGGCUCAGAAGGUGCCACGACGCGUCUUUGCCCCACCUCAAGCACAGCAGCCGGGCGAACCGGCCGACGAGGCAGCUGACUACAAUGAGAUGACGCCAAUUUUGCGAAACGAGCUCGUCUUUGACCGGCACUCGACGCUGUCGCAGCGCUCGGCACUGGAGUCGCUUAAGCGUGAGUCCAUUGAAUUGGAAUUGCAAAUACGUCAGCUGCAGGACUCCAUCGAUGCGCUGAAUCGCACACAAAUGCGCGGCAUUGAGGGUCAGCUCUACAACAAGGUUAACGAGCUGCAGGAGGAUUUAUCCAUGAAGAAAUUCGAUUUGCGCGCCAAGCAAAUACACCUGGCUGCCAUACGAGCACAGAAGGAGUUAUUCGUUAGCAAAGUUGAGCCAACUUCGCCGCGCAACGAACGCAAAUUCUCGGCCGCCACAGCGCCAUCGAUGAAAACAAAGUGGCUGAAAGCAUUUAAGAGCCUAAAGCCGGCGGGUUCUGGUUCAGCAACACAAGCAGAUAGCCAACAACCCCGACAAAAUCAAAUGUACCACGCCGUAUCAACCGUUUUGACCUUGAGGCGUAAUGGUGCCUCGAAUGCCCCAUCGGAAGCGCUGCGCCCCAAUUUGGAUGGCAGCCACCAUCUGCAGGAGUACACAUACAAAAAGAUAACAGCUUGCGAUGUUUGCUCGCAAAUUUUGAGAGGCCACACUCGUCAGGGCCUGCGCUGUCGCAUUUGCAAGCUGAACGCCCAUGGAGACUGUGCUCCGAAUUUGCCGCGCUGCCAGCCCAAGCAGAAGCUGCUGCGUCGCCAGAAGAGCACCUCCGAGCUGGAGAAUCGCGUCGACAUCGAGGAAGAAAAAAUUACCGAAAUCGAUCAAAUAUAUCGAGUGCUGAAACAAGCCGGAGAACUCAAAUCCGGGCAUAUUCCAGCCGCCGAAAAAUCCGUCCACGUGCCGGGCAAAACGCUGGACGUGAGCGCCGCUGGAACGGGAGUCGGAGUCGGAGCCGGAGCCGGAGUCGGAGUCGGAGUCGCUGCACCCAGCGCCGUCUCACAACCGCUGCAACAGCUGCAGCCGGGCCUAGUCGAGCGUACGAUGCCCGUCCCCGAGAUACCCAUCGUCAAUGUGCCGGAGUCGUUGGCCCAAGAGACGCACCAGCCAUCGGCCCAUCAGCUACAUCAGAGCCAUCAGCGCAGCCUGGCAUCGGUGGCGCAGGCGGCGGCGGUGCGGGCCGGCCGCGGUGUGCGCCCACCGCCCGUGGCCAUGCCCAUUUUGGGCGUGCAGCUGCAACAACAGGAGCUGCAGCAGCAGCGCGGCGGCCUGCCGGUGCCCACACAAGAUAUCUCUAGUAGUUCAGCACCGCACUCUCCGCGCCGCCAAAAGCUGAAUUUGCGCAUGAAAUCGUUGAGCUUGGACUCACCCGAAUCGUCGGAGCUGCACGGUCAGUUUAGGCGACGCCAACAGCAUUUGCCCGCCGCGGCAGCUGCGUCCACAUCCAGCGGUUACUAUCACGGCGGCUCGGGAGGCCAUCUGGAGCACAGUACUCCGCCGUCGAACAACAGCCGGCUGCACUCGCCAUCGAGCCCCUCGCAUCCGGGCCGCAAGCUGUUGUAUGCCACGCGUGGCAUGCGCGGCGGCAGCGUCGAUUUGCCCGACGAAAUGGAGAAGUCACAGUCCUCGGCCAGCACAUCGCCUUGCCUAUCACCCAAAUCGCAUCGCCUCUUGCCCACCAAUUUGUACGUAAUACUCUACAACUUUAAGGCGCGGCAUGCCGAUGAGCUGGAUCUCAAAGCGGGCUAUAAGGUGACGGUCAUCGAUACCGCCGAUCCGGAUUGGUGGAAGGGCAAAGUGCUGGGACGCGUCGGCUUCUUUCCAUCGAAGUACUGUGUGCGUCUGAAUGCCAACGAGAAGCCAUUACAGGUGACACACAAUCUGCAGGUGUCGGAUGGCGAGCGCGGCGAGAAUAUGACCCUGUUACGCGACCAAAUUGUUAUACAGACUGGCGAUGAGGUCAACGGCAUGGUCAUGGUGCGCUCGGCGGACAAUCGUCAGGGCUAUUGUCCCAUCAAGUACCUGCAGGAGGUGUGACAGCCAGAAGAGGAAGAGCCGCCUGCAAAAUCAUCAAUGCAAACGUCGCGCGCCGCAGCCGCAGCCGCAACCGCAGCCGGCGCCGGCGACAAGACCAAGCGUAGAAUUAGAAUCGUAGUUACCGAUAAUAACAAUUUAGCUAGUAGCAGUAGCUCUAUACCCAUCACCCAUGCACAAUCACAAUCACARACGCAAUCACAGACGCAGACGCAGACGCAGACGUCGCCCAGCCGGGAGAAGAAGCGCCUGAACAUCGAGUACAGCGAUGCGGAUGGCGGACUCAUCUGGGACAAGGACAAGGAUGUGCUGAUACUGUCGGGCCGCAACAAGAACGACAAGAACUGGGAGAACUGGGAGCGCAUACGCGAACAGAAGCUGGAGAAGAUGAAGAACAUCUGCUUCGAGAGCUAUCGCCAGUCGAAGCGGGACAAGCUGCUACUGGCCAAGCCGAAGCCCAAGCAGCUGGACCCCACCUGGUACACGGACAACAUCUACUCGAAUCGCUCGGACGAUCUGGACGAGGACUAUGUGCCCGACUGCCUCAAGUACGGCAGCUACAGCAAUCGCAUUCUGCGCGACAUACGCGAACAGGACGAGAAGUAUGCGGAGGAUGCGCUGCCGAUGCGCGAGCGCCGUGGCGAGGGCGAAGGCUCGCCGGGCUACGGACUGCAGCGCUCGAAGAGCUGCAAGGAAUUCCAAUAUCCAAAGUCGCAGAGCUGCUGCUUCGAGGGCAACGUGUUCGAGGCGGGCGGCACAGGCGGCACGGGCAGCUCGGGCGCCACGGCCACCACAUCCAUACUGAAGAAUCGCGCUGGAGUGCCCAAAUCGUACUCGUUUAGCGCCUCCACAAAGACCAUGCCCUUCGACAUCAUCGACUACGAGCUGCCGCCCGCCUCGAACACGCGCCGGGAAAAGCGCGAGGCGUACAGACGGAGCAUGAAUAUGCUGUAUAGCAACAGCCUGGACGAGCGGACGCUGGCGCACAGCUGCUGUGCGCGGGAGCAGUGCACCAGUGCCAAGUGCUUGCUGGACGAUAUCUAUGCUGGUUCCAGGCGGCGGCUGGAUGCCUACGGCGCUGGCAGCAACAGGAAUCUGAAUUUGAAUCUCAAUUUGAAUCGCAACCUGCGCUCGCCCGACGAUUGGCUGUACGACGAGCGCGUCGAGGCGGCAGCAACGGCAGCCGGCACGACCGUGAUCUGCUGCUGUGCGACAGAGGACUAUUGCUGCCAUCGCCAGGCACAGCAGCGGGCGGCAAGGCGACCCCACUGUCCGGGCCAUCAUCCGGCCGCCGAAGAGGAGGAGCAUAUGCAUUGCCGCUACGACACCGACCUGGAGCAGUUCAUACGCGCCGAGCGUGAGCGCCUGCUGCUGCAGGACAAGUUCCUCGACGAGGACGAACGCUACUUGGCCCAGAGCCACAUGGCCAGUCCAGGUAGGCGGUACGCCCACUAUACGCGGCCCACGCGCAGCAAAUCCCUGCUGGAGGUGCAGCCGCCCAGCUUGUUCGACGAGGACAGCUGCUCGGAUACGACAGAGAUCGACCUGGAGGACUUCAACAUCGACCUGGAGAAGUACUGGGAGCAGCUGGACAAGCCGCCCAGCCCCAUCAACAUGGACAUGCGACGCAACAUGCACAGCAAUCUGAAGGUGAAGAACGUGAACGUGCGCUGCUACAACAACGGGCAGCCCAUCGAUAUGCACGACCGGGAGCACGAGCGGCUGAUGAUCAAGAAGUCGCUGCUGGAGGGCAUGCCGUCGCCGCCGCAGCUCGACUCGAGCGGCUCCUCGAACAAUGCGACGGGCUUUAGUUUUUUUGAGAAUCCCGCUGGUUCGCUGCACCACCACCCAGCCUACGGUGGGUACGGCCACAAGGUCUACCCCACUGCCGAUACCCUGCCCACGUAUCAGUACAACAACUUCUAUCCGGAGCACACGACGCUGGGCAGCGUGCUCACCCAGCAGCCGACGGCGGGCGUCCACCAUGCCUCGGCCGGCGGCCACUCGGCGCUGAGUCUGAUCAACAACAUCUUCUCCAUCUACAAGCCGAACAAGUACUCGCCCGAGAACUGCCAGCUGAACUACGAGAGCAAGCCGGAGCCGUGCAAGAAGAUGAACGUGCCGAGCACUCGACGACCCCUGGGCGCCGCCUCCAGCAACAUGCAGCAUGGCCACGAGUAUCUGCACUCGUCGAUGAAGCGCCCGCUGCUGGUCAGCGCCGACCAGCCGCACUUCAAGAUCAUUCCCGAGAAGACGGGCCUGAAGAUCUCGCCGUUGCUGGCCUAUGACGARUACGGCGGCGGCGGGAUCGGGGGAGAUAAGUCACAUCAGAGGCUGACCAGCACGGCGCGACCUCUGAUGCUUCCGCACUGAUGGUGCUGGACCUUUCCGUGGUAUGGUAAUGGUAAUUAUUGUUAGUUAUGCUCACAGCGACUGCCGAGAAUCUCCAAAAGAAAACAGAAACUGAGAACUAAACACAACUAAAGGAAAAACCAAAAAACAAAAAAAAAAAAAUGGAACUAACCAAAAGACUCGCUCGACAAGCAGCAAAAAUAUAAAACCAAAAUAACAAAAAC